AUGUUCUUUGUGAAGAGGAGUCACACAACAAAGGUGUGCAAUACUUCUAUGGUGAUUUAUAAGACAUUGUGGGGAAAUGGUCUUAUGGUAAAAAAAAGGACAGAAACGGCGCAGAAGGCUGGGGAGGACAGAGCCAUUCUGCUGGGGUUGGGAAUGGUGUUCAUCUCGGUCAUGAUGCACUUUGUGAUCUGUAUCACCAUGGUGCGUGCUUAUGCAGACAAGAAGUGUUAUGUCAUGACUGCUUUAAUAAUAUUUAGCUAUACAUAUAUGAAUUCAUCAUUAAAUAUUAUUAAACAAAUAACUCAUGGCUUUGUUUUUCCACAGUGUUUUUAUGUGCCAAAAUGCCAGAAGGAGUGUUAUGAUCCAGAACAUUUCGGAGCAGGUGACUCCAGCGAGCAUCAGGGCAGCGUCUGUCUUCACUCUCUCUUCUGGCCCUCCUGCAUGUUAUCUGGAGGAACCUUCAUCACACUCAUGGUCAAGCUCACUCAGUACCUUUCCAUACUGUGUGAACAAAUUGGCAAAGCCCCAAAGUGAAAGGGGCACAGUGAUUGACAGACUUAGUGAAGUGAAUGAAGGAGCUUUCAUUUCUUCUUCAAAUGUUUUUUUUUUUUUUUUGGCCUCCUGCUGUUCAAGGAUUGACUGGAAAUUGAUAUCUUAGUCUUCCAUGCCUAAGCUAUAUCAUAACCACAACUCAUAUCUCUGAAAUGCUGCUCUAUUCCAGAUGGAGUUUGUGCUGUUUGUAGAAGGGCAUUAUUAAUGUGUGUAAAUACAAUGUUUGACAUUUGUUAAUGUUUA